GCUCAGCAUUUUCGAUUCUGAUCAGAAAUCUCGGAAAUUCCCGUGAAAAAUUGGAUUUUGCAGCAUUUCGAGAGACUUUUCGUUGCGUCAAAGUGAUUUUCGGGCACACGCAAUGCUCAAGAUACUGUGAUAAAUGCUGAAAACGCGCCUGUAGUGACACAAUUUUGAAUUUUACGAAGACAAGUUGCAAUUUCCCCGCAGUAGAAGAGUGUUUGGGCAACAUAUUACGAGCGAUUUUUUGUCGAAUUUUUGGUUUUUUUUGAGUGAAAAGUAGUUGGAGGCACGCUGCGAGAUGGCAAGUCCCCGGACACGGCGAGUUUUGAGCGAGCUGAGGCCCACAAAUGAAAAUACUAAAUGCUUCGAAUGCGGAGCUCACAACCCGCAAUGGGUGUCCGUGACGUACGGCAUUUGGAUCUGUUUGGAGUGUUCGGGCAAGCAUCGCGGCCUCGGCGUUCAUCUCUCCUUCGUACGUAGCGUCACGAUGGACAAAUGGAAAGACCUGGAACUGGAAAAGAUGAAAGUUGGCGGCAAUCAACGUGCCCGCGAGUUUUUCGAGGAACAAGAUGACUACGACGACUCCAUGAGCAUCCAGCAAAAGUACAAUACGCGCGCUGCCGCCUUGUAUCGCGACAAAAUUUCAACGCUGGCGCAAGGCAAGGAGUGGGACAUUAACAAAUCUUCGGCGAAAAAUCAUCAAUCCAACUUCAGUAGUAGCAGCAUGUCACAUUCCAAGUCGACUGGAUCCAUCCAAAAUCAUUCCGGGGGCGGGGGUGGAUAUCAAGAUGGCGGAAAUUACACCGGAGGCUAUCAGAAUUUCAAUUCGCAGGAGUUCAAGGCGCAAAAAGAGGACUUUUUCUCGCGCAAACAAAUGGAAAAUGCAUCACGUCCAGACACGUUGCCGCCCAAUCAGGGAGGAAAGUAUGCGGGAUUUGGGUAUUCGCGAGAUCCGCCACCGAGAAGUCAAUCGCAGGAGGUUUUUGAUUCGACAUUUUCGUCUCUGGCAUCAGGAUUUGGGUUUUUGUCGAUGGGAGCUGCCAAAAUUGCGGGAGUUGCGAAGGAAAAUGCCUUCAAAUAUGGCACUGUAGCCGCUCAAAAGGUAGUUGAAGUUACAAAUACUGUUCAAGAUAAGGUUAAAGAGGGAACAUUGCUUUCUGAGGUUGGAUAUCAAGCCACCAAUAUCGCUAGCAAGGUAACUGACUUCAGUCGAAAAGGAUGGUCUUCAAUUUCGGGCACUGGUUCUGGCUACACAAGUCCCACAUCAGAUAAUUAUCAAUCUGGCGGCGGAUAUCAGGAUCAAGGCUACCAACAACACCCAGAAAAUAACGGACAAGGCGACGAAUGGAACAACUGGCAAGACAAAAAUAAUUCUGGAUCAUAUCAAAAUUCUUCAAAUAACGAUGACGGCUGGAACGGAUUCGAAUCACACAAAACAUCAAAUGCCACUAGCAAAGCCACACGUUCGAUGAAAGUACCGCCAAAAACGGUCGCCGAAGACGAUUUACUCUCGUUGGAUGUGAAAGCGUCGAAAAAAUCGUCAUCGAGUAAAACGGCUGCCAAGAAACCGGAAGAUGACAUUUGGGACAUGCUGAAUAAUUAGAAAAAAAAAUUGUUUAACAUUUUUCCUUCUCUUUUAUUAGUUGAAAUAUUUACUUAUGAAUCUAAUAGAUGAAAAUUUAUAUAAAAAAAAUAUUUUAUUUGGUAGAUAGCAUCAUUUUUUAUUAACGUUGUAUUAUUGUUCAAUCGAGUACAUGUGAGAAUCUAAGCCAUGAAAAUGGCAAAAAAAAAUUAAUAAAAUAGAAAAUUGUAUGAAAGAACAUCGUAUUAAAUAAAACGAAUCUAUGGAUAUUAUUUUCAUUGUAACAAAAUAAA